UUUUGCUUUUGCUUGUACAAUCGUAUAAUCCAUCUCGUCACUCACUACCCACCAACGGCACAUCACACGCGUAGUUGCGACACGGCACAUCCAUCCCCGCCCACGACGACAGACUCACGCAAGCAACGCACGCACGCACGCACCCAAAGACGACCCACACCAAUCUCCACUCGUUCUCUCAUUUGCGCGAUCGGCCACAAACCACCAACAACGACCUUUGUCACAUCAACACGCACCACACUCCCCGCGUCUGCACAUUACAACCACGUCGGACCACAUCCAUCGCUUGCUCCACAGCAAACAACAGCUCGUCCUCCCUCAACGUGACACGCGCGCGCAUCGACCCCCCAGCCUCGGUUUACAGCCCUCUCUGCAUCGACGACGUGCAGAAGGACGCGCGCAACACGACUUUGAUCGGGAUGGAGAAUGGAACUCACCUCGCGUCCCACCCAACAUCGAACGGUGACUUGAAGCUACACGACGGUCUGCUUGAGACCACCAAGGGGCCGCCGACCUUUGCCUCCCUAUCACCCCCAGGAAAAAUGCUGUCAUCCACCGCCGGCGUCACCUCGCCCGACUCGACGAUAGCGUCCCUGCUCCCCGAGCAUUCGGACACCAUCUCAGAGGCCGGCUCGCAGCACUCGAGCAUGCAACCUCGCGUCCCGUCUCGGCAGUUGCUACAGACCGCACUGGACCUCGCCCAGCGAGCAGUCGAGAUGGACAAGGGCAACGACGUCGCAGGCGCGCUUGCCGCCUAUCGGGACGCCGUGACCAAGCUCCGUGUGGUCAUGGAGCGUGUCGGUGUCGAGCCCACCGCAUCCGAAGGGAAACGGUCGUCUGGCAAGAACGAAGAAGAAGGCAGGACAUUGAGGGGAAUCCACGACGCGUACAUGGCGCGUAUUACACUGCUGUCUGCUUAUGAGGACACCGAUGAGCAGGACACACUGUCAAGCGGUCUGCGUAUCAUCAACCUCGAUUCGACACCGAACAGCAUCAACUCGACCCCACCCCCACCGACAGCAGCACAUCUCAGCGGAGAGUCGCCUGUUGGAGGGGCAAACGAACCCGGACCCAGCACACCGUUGAGAUCCCCCGCCCCCUCGUCCGUCAUCAGCUCUGGCAAGAGAAGAAAAAAGCCGGCGUCCAAGCAAUCUUUUGGCCUGGACGAGGAGGCAGAUUUAUCAGGUGUCGAUGGCGUCGACGACCCGGAUGGCCUGCUCGCGGCUAAAGAAGGAACCGCCAGACCUCUGGCACCGGUCGAGGCUUCGCCCAGAAGCAGCAUUGCCUCGGAGGACCGCCCAUUGCCUCCUCUGCCUCCUUCGACCGCUGCUGCUGUGGCAUCUGCCGCCGCCGUGGCUGGUGGUGCAGCAGUUACAGCAGCAGCUGUGGCCUCUCCCACCCUUGCUGGUGCCGAGGCUCCGCGCAAGCCGACCACGCCAUCCUCUGCAAACGCCGAGCGCUUCCUCGUCAGCCCGACAACAGCGCAAGGCACGAUCAGCCAGCGCAGAAAUCACCGUCCAGCCGGUGAUGCCUCGAUAUCCUCUUUGACUGAGCUCAACGCUGCGCCAACAAACGAGUCAAUCGCAGACUCGUUCUCCGACGCGCCGUCGUCGCGGCGUAUUCGCACGAGAUCCACGUAUGGGUCUAACGGCGACACGGAGCCAACAGCCUUUGUGCCGCUGCAGACCGUUUUACGAUCGACAUUGGCACCUCCCUUGCGGAUGCAGGGCUCCGCCUACCUCAGCCCCCGGCCCGAAUCCCAACCGGUCGAUGUUGUCCACCGCCCUUUCCAUCUUUUCCGGAUCUUGUACGCGUCCAUGGAUGCCUCGGGAUCGGGAGCCUAUCUCACAAACUCGCUGCACAUCGAUCCGGCCGUGUGGAAGCCGUCAAACUGGCGAGCUCCCAGCACUUCGUCUCGUGGAGGGCACCCCAAAUUGGUUGGCCAAGAGGCCAAGGCCCGUGCUAUCGAGGCUCUCCUCCCGUACCUCGACAGCAUCAAGACGUCUGGAGCUGCGUUGCUCGAGGGCAAGCGCGAGAACCGGUACGACCCAGCUGCAGCUGCACGCCUGUCCAAGCAAGCGGUCGACAUUGCCAUUCGCGCCGGCGACGAACUCUCCGCCGCACUGGAAGGGCUCGACGACGAGCUCGAUGUGGCUCAUAAAACACUUCAGAGCAAGGGUGUCGCUGUCGGAGCUUGGAAAGGCAAGAGCAAAAGCUCAUGGGGUUCGCGUCUCAGUGCCCGUGUGGACAAGAUGUCUCGUGGUCAAGAUUCCCCGGACCGCUAUGUUGACCUCCUCGGCCAGCUGUUUUACAGCGUCCAGGUCAUUGAUGACCAUUUACGUUGCUUCACUGGCCCCUGCACCCCGGCGUACAACGCGCUAUCCCAGAAGACGUACAAAGGCAUCGAGUCGCGCAUCUCACGCGCUGCGCAGUUUGUUGGUGCGGUAAUGGUUCCCUUCGUUCUCGAUGAUUUCAGGUUGUUCAUGUUGGGAUACCUCAAGGGUGGUGUUCGAUACCUUGAGGACUAAGUUCUGCAACGAAACGUGUGCGGACAGGCUGCCUCUGUUGUCGAGCAGAGAUGCUCCUAUGCCUCGGCACCUGCACGCAGGGCGUGUUAAUUGUGUUGCCCUCUCUCUUCCUCUCUCUCUCUCCUUAUCAGGAUCUCGCUAGUUAGUCUUUGUUAAACAAUGUCUUGGUAUUUCAGUACCCAUCGAUGAAUAAUGCUUGCCUGACG